AAACAAACGGACUUAGACAAGAGUUAACAAGAGAUGUUUUAUAACAGACUUCAGACAUGCAAAGCUCACAUCAUCUCCAGUUUCAAAGCAAGAUGAAGAUGAGAGAUAUUGGAGACGAUGCAGAAAAGAUACGACGGCUCAAAGGACUUCCAAAAGGCCUGCAUCUUCCGUUUGAAAUACGGAAUCCCUGGAUGAAGACAACUUUUGAAGAAGACUUCAUUUUGAUAACUGAAUUUGCAGAGAACGAGGGUCCAAGAGAUGUGCUAACCUUACCAUCAAAUGGCGGUGGUUCAUUUGACAARAAUGCCUUUGCCCUUCAUGUCAUGUCGGUGGAUUUUCAGUCUCAGAACAGAAAUGCUGAGUUCAGUAUCACUGAUGACACUCAAAUGGUUCUUUCUGAUAAAAAGGCUGGAAUGUGUGCAUUUGUUCAUCAUUUUACACUUUAUGAUAUUCAUGCAAGAGGCUAUGUACGGCCAUUUUGUAUGAGUUACAUCACUGACAGCAAAAGAAAAAUCUUAUCGUGCUUGAGUAACAUAGAGGGAGAGUUCCAGAAGAUUGCAAAACUGUUUCACACGGGGAAUAGAGUUGCUUUUGGUAUGGACUUGGAGAACAGGCUUGUUGAGCUGCUUAACCUGAAUGAAUAUUUGAAUUUUAGCUGGAGUCAAAAGAAUAAGUCGAAUAUAGAUGAYGAAACUCUUCAAAAACAAAGAGAAAUUUACAAGCAAAAUAUGCAAGAAACAAGAAAAGUUGUUGAAGUGCUAAAACCACAUUUGAAAGACCAAGUUAUUCUAGAGAAAUUAAGGAAAUUGGAAAACCAGGCCGAACAACAAAUGAAUGAUUUUUCUUUAGCACCGGAACACACAGGAACAGAACUUGAAGCAGAGGAAUUUUGGCCAUCCACUUUAGUCACUGAAAUGUCACCAUUUGACAAUACAGCAAGAAGGAGAGCACGCUCUUUGUCAAGUCUGGAUGAUCUCAAAUUAGGUGGCGAUAUUGAAAUGGAAUCAUUCACUUCUUUUGGACCAUCCUACUUGCAAAACAUUAAGCAAUUAAGGAACCUACACGAGCUAUGUGGCUUAGGAGCAAAGGAAGGAAUCAAUAGAUUAAGAAAUUUUGUACAGAAUUUUUCACAAGAAGAGAUUGCAAUUGCUAUAGAAAAGACCGAGGGGUGUCUAGUUGAUCCUUCUACGUCGCUGUUGUCUUUAGGAAGAAGUGUCGUUUUAAACUUCACAUCGGGUGUCGACUUGAAGAGAAGCAUGAGUAUUAACAGUGGAAAGUUCACCGCGAAUAUGGCUAUUUCUGUUCUUCAGCGAAGGCAAUCGUUUGGUAGCGGUUGUAGUGCUUGUAGCACAGAUUCAUAUAAGUCAUGUUUGGACGAYUGUGCGUUUGAUUCGAGAAGGUCGAGUGAUGGAAUGCUCCCUCGCUUCGUUCCUUCGUCUUCGAUCCACGCCGAGCUCCACUUUGAUGACUAUGACACAUUCGACUCGGACACAACCCCCGAGACACCGACCAGCGAGUUCUCGGUCCUACCUUUCGAUGGCGGUAGUCAUGACAACCUUUCUCUGGGUAGCUUCCUCGUUAUAGAUGAUCACGUCUUUGGGAGGCAAACUAGCGAGAUGUACUCGAUUGAACAAACUAGGAAUGCCUCAUUAAUGCGCAGAAGUCGUAGUUUGGAAAACUUGCCGUCAAUGGUACGAAAAGAAAACCCGACCAAAGAACAGGAAGUCCUCUGUUCUUCAGUUGGACGGGUUGCAAAUGUUUAUGGCGAAAGGACUUCUGGGAGUGCAGAUGUGAAAGUCCCGGAUGAUGUUUCUUCAGAGYUGGAGGAAAAUAAAAUGCGCGACAACAAAAAGGCACAACAUAAACCAUUCGUAAAGAAACUUAGACUCGAAAAAGAUUGUAGCACUAAACCGAAUACCAAAAGACCAAGAUGUCAUGUGAGAAAUGAAUCUCAACCUUUACGGUGCUUUGCAGAGGAGGUCUGCAGACCUAUGGAUGCACAAAUUGGGAUCAGCGGUAUCCUGGAGUUCAGGAACAACUACAGCUGUGGAAUUCAUCUAAUCUAUGCUCUUCUUAGUGCAAGGCCUGUAGUCAUACAAGCAAAACCGGAAAAUGAAAGGGAAGUCCGGUCUCUCAUUGCGACACUGUGGAUGUUUGUCUCCGAGACGAGUAGCUGCCAUGGACGUGCUGUCAUCCCGUGGAGAAAAAAGGCCCUUCACAUCACAGAUCURCCUUGCUUAAGACUAGUUGGUCUCUGUAAAUCUAAUAGGCGAUGCCUUAUACCCAAGUCUGUAGGGCGUUAUGUAUCGAUAUUGGACUACGAAACUGGAAUAAUUGUAUCGCCUCCAUAUAAGGGGGUCUUCUUAAAAGCUGCUUUUAGUUAUAGAAACUCCUGGCCGUCAAAUGCAACACUUCUGGCCUACAUGCACAGUUUAUUUUUGGAGUUGGCAUGCAAGGCGUAUGUUCUCUAUUACACUUGUGCUCUUGGACCUGCACUCAUUGAUAGCAAAGCAUCAGGAGAUUCCAAAGCAAGCACGGAUGAGAUUGAGGUUCUUAAUCGCCUUGGAGUUCACUUUUCUGAUGCAGCGAUAGUUCAGCACUUUGCUGAGGUCAUCAAGAAUCAGCAAAUUGACUCCUAUUUCAGUGGCAACGAAGAAAUAAAAGCACAGACCAUAAUCAACGAUCUGUCAAAAUGCACAAAGUUCCGAAAUCUUCCUCCRUUUAAUCCGUAAUUAAACCUGGGAGAGACAACCAUCAAAGACAACCCUUGAUUGGACUGAUUCUUUGGUGGAAUAUCGGUCGCUUUUCGGCCAUCAGUCGUGCAUUUAUCGUCACAGACGAUGCGUCGAAAGUCCCCCGACUAUGGUACCAUGGAAGUUCGAAACAGUAACUUUUUUUAAAUAGCUCGUUAUAUCUUCAAUUAAUUAUCUUGUUGGUUAGUGUCGGUCGUUUUUCGGGCAUCAGUCGCCAUCUAAAUUCUCUGACGACGUUCCGAAUGUCGCCUGGCUAUCACACGAUAGAAGAUUGAUCUAAUGCUUUUAGGUAGUUGUUUUCUUACUUUUUACGUGUUUAUGUCUGUCGAUUAAUGAUUAUUUGGUGAUCUGUUUGAUAUCGCCUCAAUGUCAUUCUGACGAAAAUAAUCCGACUGUCCCACGAUGAAAUAUCGAUCGGGACUUUCAUCAUGUAGGUCGUUAUUCGCCCAUCAAUCGCAAAAUAAUACAAAUACAAAUGAAUAUCAUGAAAGAAAUUAUUUAUAAAUCUAUAUGAAACAUGUCAAAU